CAUCAACAAACACAACCGGGCACAGAGGAAACACUCCCACACAAAGUUGGAGCAGAUCUACUCUCAGAGGCCUGUGAAGAAACAAGCAGAAGAUGCAACAGUGACGCCUUCAGGCGGCUCACGUAGCAUCGACACACAUCCAGUGAGGGACGAGGACACAGACUCGGACGACGAUUAUGACGACGUGGACGUGCCGACCGUGGCGGAGACGCGGUAAAACUGUCACCGUAACAGCCGUCCAAACUCCGCCUCCGCUUCCCCCAAAGCCCAAAGUGCGGUCGAGCUCAGAGGAAAUCGUGUGGGUGGAAGACGAGCGGGUCAGCAAAGCUUCGCUGUGCGCCCCCUCCCCUCUCAUUAGAACCUCCAGUGGGACACACGUCCGACCCUCUCCCCACCCACGAGCGAUGCGGUACUCAGACCCCAUGUCUCUCUCGUUAAAAAAGCAGUCACUGGAGCUCAUUCCCCCCGAGUUGCCCCCUAAAGGCAUACGCAGACCCCAGCAGCGCCCAGCCAAGGUACAAGAGAGUGCCUCCAUCAAUUGGGAUCAUUCGUUUUGCAGAAGAAAGAAGAAACCCACAAUCUAUUUUAAGAAGAUCUUCCACGGCUGUCCUCUGAAAAUAAAGUGCUCCACCACCUGGGAACACCCGGACACCAAAGACAAGCAUCUCAUCCUUGGAGCAGAGGAGGGCAUCUACACCCUCAACCUCAACAGCUCCGAGGUCACCAUGGAGCUGUUGUAUCCUGGGAAGUGCGACUGGGUCUACUGUGGCCACAACGUGCUCAUGUCCAUAUCCGGCAAAUCCUCCCAGCUUCACUCGCACUCGCUGAAGGAGCUGUACGAGCAGGCUCGGAGGGACCAGAGGAUGGUGGCGCUGUCCACUCAUCGGCUGUUGCCAAGGAAAUGUGCCGUGACGUGUAAAAUACCGGACACCAAGGGCUGCAGGACCUGCUCAGUUGUUGACGACUUCCUGUGCUGUGCGCUGGAGUCCAGUGUGAUGCUGCUGCAGUGGUACCACCCCAUGAACAAGUUCAUGCUCAUCAAGCAUUUCGACUUCCCCCUCGCCAACCCUCUGCGGGUGUUUGAGACGGUGCUGGACCCUCAGCAGGAGUACCCGAUGGUGUGUACAGGGGUCUCUUGGGGUUCCAGCCCCACCCUGCCUGUCACUUUAGAGUACAUCAACCUCAAUUCCAACACUUCCUGGUUUACACACGCCGACGUAGCAGAGAAGCACUGCCCAAAUGUUGUACAAGUCAACCAGCUGGACAGCAGCUCGCUGCUCGUCCUCUUAGAAAGGUCAGUGCACAUACUCGGCCUGGAGGGGGAGCUAAAGAGCAUCGGGCAAAAUGAGACCACGUUCCCUCAUGAUGUGGAGUCUGUAGUUUACUUUGAGGACACUUUGUUGGCGGUGUGGCGUCACGGCUGGCUGAGGACGAAGAGAGACACGGCGCGGGUGUUGGAGGAAACCACUGACCCCAAAAAGACCUACAGGCUGGUGCAGUCAGACAGGAUGGUCGUCAUGGAGACGCACCAGACCGAGGACCAGUCGGGGCUGUCCAACUUGUACUUGCUGGAAAUUGCUGAGAACUACGUCAUGCUGCCCUGACGCUGCGGUUUGAUGCCUCCACAGAGGACGCAUUGUGACUGGCUGAUGGCAGGGGACGUCUGCUCGUGUUUAUCCUCGCUUCAACUGCCUCAGGGUUCCGAAACUACGUGCAAACUGACUUUUUUUCCCCCUGUCAGUGUAUUGUCAAUAAAGUGCUGCAGUGACUGAUAAUGUGAAUGCCUUCCCCCCCCCCCCGGAGACAGACAUCUGAAUUAAAGUAAAUUAAAGUCUA